UGAAAUUGUUAGUUGCACGUGCUAAUUUCCGCGGUUGUUUGUGGGAAUUGUGGGAACAUUACAGUUAUACAUGAUCUGGGAUCAUAAAAGAUGCAAAGAUGAAAAAACACACGAAAUUAAUAGAAACGGCUAUGGAUGACUUCUUGUCCUCCAUAGGACUGUGGAGAAAGCCGAUUGCCAGAGACGGGUUUUCUCUCUUCCGAGCGAUCUCGGAACAGAUUUACCUCACUCAAACUUAUUACAAAGAAAUCUGUGAUGCAAGUAAAAGUGUUUUUUCGAGAACAAGCGCCCAAGAAGACUAUUACUGGAAUGAGCAUGAUGUGAUGCAGACACUGUCCCACAUGUAUCGGGUAGAUUUUGUAGUUUACGAAGUGGUGGGGAAGCCGCCAGUGGAUUUGACUGGAAAUGGUUUCGUGCGAAAGGUUGUUCUGUGUCGCCUUGACAACAAUCAGCUGGAUUGUGUCUACACCAAAUGCUACCAUGCAGAACUCGCUAUUUGUCAGUCGAUUGUGUACGAGAUUUUAUACAGGAAGGUGUUUCAUCUCCAUUCAGAGCUGGAGGAGGCAGUCCACAUUAUUCGUGAACAGAACAAAAACAAGAACAAGAACGGAGUCUUUCCCGUUUUAGAUGCAGACUUUAGCCCAGACUCUACAACUAGUGGAGAAGAGAGUUUUACCAAGAAUGAAAAGUUCACUGGUCGACGAGUAAGCCCUCCUGUUCCAUAUAGAAUCGCCAAAGCCUUAGAUCCAGUAAUUUAUAGAAACACAGAACUUGACAUUUGGGAGGAAGAGAAAAGAGAAGCCAUUCACAGGGAGCGAUACAAAUCUGUGACGUUUUCUGCUGGUGAUAAGUGUCAGGUGUUGUCAUCAGAAGGCCCCCUGUAUCAUGGACACAUACAGCAGAUAGGACCCGGAGCAAGUGAUCCCGCUGUUGUGUAUAUUGAGGAAAUCGGACAAAAACUAGAAGUCAGUCAAGAUAGGUUGCGUCCUGCAAAAGCCUCGGGACGAUCAGAGUGGUUUCUGAAACAGCAGAGGAGAAAGAGAUUACAAGAGAUGACCGUCACACAGGACAGAAUACCCCCAAUGAUGCCCCAUAGUCUACCCCCACCCCCCAUCCAGGUCGUUCAAUCAACAUCCCUUCCCCAAGAAGUAUUGAACAACAGCAUAUUUGUUCCAAAGUGGCAGAUUCUGAGUUGCAGUCGUGGUGUUCAUACAAAUAAACCUGCAGAGUCCACAAGUUGCUUUCCCCCCUGCCCCCAACCAGAGAUGUCGAUGUUGCCAGUGUCUCAAGUUCAAGUUCCCAGGAUAUGGGUUCCCUACAUGGACAGUAUUGCGCUGUCAAAUGUGGAUGUCAACAUCCUACCCUCCCAGGAACCCAGGGGACAGGACCUGCCUCUAAAUGACAUGAAUACUUUGAGAUUUUUCUUCAACAUCGGAGUUGCUCAUUAUGGAAUGGUGAGUCAGCAGGCAUUAGCUAAUGGAGCAGCUUCAAGAGGAAACAUCCAGCCAAUCAUCUACUGCCAUGGGAAGCCAACCAGCGGCAUGGAACCAGUGCGAGGACUUCCUCAGAUCGGUAAAUCUACCUUGUCUGCUCAGUCUCCUCCCCCCACCUCAAAUUCUGACGACGAGAGUAGCAACAUGUCUAACGACAGUGGAUGUGAUGCUGACGAAACAGCUGCUGCACGGGAAAGGGUGGUUAAGACUAAUGACAGCUCCCAUGUAAGGGAGGUAAAUGUAUCGGCUGUCCGGCAGAAUCGGAGCUGCGACACAGAAAGUCGAUGUUCUGACAUGUCUCUUGCUGAUAUGUGUGACGGCAGCAUCGCUGUGGAAAACCAGGAACAAGGCGAGCCUAAACAAUAUAAACCACGCCGGAAGUACUACAUGUACGGCAAUCUCAAACUGGUGAAACCCAUUAAAGAGGUACCAAAACGAUUCAUGGAUCUUUUAAAAUCCAUGAGCGCCGAGAAAUCUCGUGUUGAGGGAGAACCAAUCAUUUUGGCUUUCCCGCUACAUCACAAACCCGAUAAGGGGCCCAAUAAUCAGUUCAACCCUAAUGCACCAACCUUUGUUCCUGGUUCCCAUGGUGACAGAAUGUCUGUCGAUAGCAACCAUGUCAUUAAUUCCCCAUCAUCCACUUCAUCUAAUGUGUAUUAUUGUCCGCAGUAUGUAUCAUUGCCUAACUCUAAUGUAUCGUAUAAUCCUAGUCUAAGCUCUGUCAUGAAUACCCACCCUCAGUUCCAUCACAAUCCUCUUUGCACAGGUUUCCCUGCACCCCCUCCCUAGGUCAACCCCACAACUGGCUACAUUACUAUUAACAGCAUCAGUAGUUAUGCAUGAGGUGCUGCAGCUGAGAGAGGUGGUGGGUUUACAAGCGAUGCAGCUGGAAGUUUGGACUUGAUGGUGCGCUUCAUGCUUGCCAGAAAAUCAGUUAACACAGCAUUGCAAGAGCUGCUCCUUUGUGUACGUGUUCUACACUAUGGACAUCAUUAUUAUUAUCUGCGUAUGUGUCUUCUAUGGUAGAUUUAUGCUCAUCUGUGUGUGUGUCACAUGGUAAAUGUAUUCUUGUUAUGAAAGCUAUGCACAGUAUUUUAAUCUUCUUGAUCUGAUGAUAGUAACAUUUUGCCUUGGAUAGCUAAAUUUCCAAUAAUUUGCACAUUUUUUAUAAAUAUAUAUAGACAGUAGAACAUAGUUAUAAUCAACCUCUAGUCCAGCGAAAAACAGGUCAUUAUAAGCAAAUUUUGUUAUAUCUGAUAAAAUUUUGGGUGUUUUACUCUCACUGGGUAAUGAAUAUAACUUCACAAUAAACAUGAAUUUGUUAUAAGCAUGGUCGUUAUAAGUGUGUUUUACUGUAUAAACUUUUUUAAGUAGUCACUAACCCAAACUGUUAUUGGUGAUAUUUUAUAGCAGGAUCUGUAUGAUUUUGAAUUUCCAUGGACUUGACACUUUUUGCAUUCAUGUAAUUUUUUUUAUUGAAGACUUGACACUUCUUGCAUUCAUGCAAUUUUUUUUUAUUGAAAGUAUUCCUAGUGCAGAUCACUUUCCUGAAGAAAAUUAUCAUAAGCUGAAUUAUCUUGCCCAUGUUCAUUUAUCUCUGUAUGUUGUAUAUAUUCAUUGAUUCUCACAUUGAUUGCACACAAUUUCAAGGGCUGAAGAAGGGCAAUAGUGGGGGCUUACUUCAGAAAUAAAUGCAUUUUUUUUUUACUGUGAUGCUUCUCGCUAGCAUACAUCAUGAAGCAUCGCAGUUCAUAACCUUGUGUAUUUUAAGAAAUAGAAUUUAUUCCUUCAUUGUAUCAGUAAGCAGGCAUGCUCGUCUUGUGUAAAGAUUCAAAUUGUUUAGAUAGUGAGUAAGGAUACUAAACGGGGUUAAAGUUGUCUUCAAAAUCUGCCAUAGAACCACACGGGUACAUAUUGUAAAAUCGAUAUAAAGAAGUGAAUUUUAUUUUGAGAAUGCAUGAGGGUAUGAACUGCAAUGCUUCACUGCCUUGGCGCUUCAUGAAACGUAUGUUUGCGUGAAGCACUGCAAUUCAUAUAUACUCUCAUGCACUUUUAAAAAUAUUUAUUUUGUUUACAUUUUACUUGCAUUUCUGAGAAUUCCCAAGUUGUUAUAUGUGAUGCAAGUUCUCAAUGUAUGACUUGUUGCACUGUGGCAUUAUUAGACUACAUGAAGGAUAAAAACAAUUUUUAUUUUAAAAAAAGAAACUUCCAAAGCUUACAUGGUAUGAUUUGCAUUCUUGUGUCAGUCUUGCUCAUGCUAUGACCUCUGGAUUGGGUGGGAGCACAAUAGUGAUUGAAAGUUUAAUUUAAAAGUAUUAGUUUAUAUUAUGCCAAACUAAGAUGUAAUCUAUAUGAUGUACGAGCAAGGUGAGCAGCCUGUUGCCCUUUGGGCCUCUUGUUAGAAUCUUAUUUCCAAUACAAUAUGUUCAUAAGCGAGAUUAAAGUGACAUUUUGUUACUAUGGUGAUGGGAUUGUUGCCCUGGUGAUGGUAGAAACAUGUAGUUGUCCGUGUUAUUUCAUUAGCUAAUCAACGCCUUUCCUGUUGGUGCUACUUCUUGUCCUUGUAUCAUCCCCCCCAGAAAGAACUAUUUAUUCAAGUGUGUCCAACAUUUGAUACCCCCAUUUGCAUCAUUUGAAAUAAAGAUUUGGGGGAAGGAUGUUCAAAUUGUUAUUUACGAUUUUGCAAAAUUUCACUUUUUUUUGGUGUACAUUGACAUUACAUUUUUUUUUUUUUUUUUUUUAUAUAUAACUGAUUUUUUGACUUUUUCCUUCAGUUGAUCUGAUAUGUGCUUUUGACUUUAGAAGUGUUUUACCCUGUUUGUUAGUAUCGUGUUAGGUAUUACUAUUGUAGGAUUUGUUGAAACUUUUGUGUUUGUUGACUCUGGUAAUGAUGUUAUUUUUAGACUUUUACUGAGUUAACAAACAUCUUUGUGUGAUACUUCAUUUUUUAGACAUGCUGUUCCUUCACCUUUUCUAAAUGUAAUUAACAAUUUUUAUAUGCCUGUUUCUAGAUGGGAUGUAUUAUGGUACAACGAUGUCUGUCCAUCCGUCCGUCUUAUUUGCAGUUUUCUGUUCCUAUUUCCAUUUCACUGUUUUUGUCCUGUCUGUAAUUCUGUCUGAAACUUUAACCUUGCUAAUAACUUUUGAACAGUAAGUGAUAGAGCUUUGAUAUUUCACAUGAGUAUUCCUUGUGACAAGACCUUUCCGUGGGUACCAACAUUUUUGACCCCUUGACCUUGGAGUUUGACCUACUUUUUGAAAACUUUAACCUUGCUAAUAACUUUUGAACAGUAAGUGAUAGAGGUUUGAUAUUUUACAUGAGUAUUCCUUGUGACAAGACCUUUUCGUGGGUACCAACAUUUUUUAACCCUUGACCUUGGAGUUUGACCUACUUUUUGAAAACUUUAACCUUGCUAAUAACUUUUGAACAAUAAGUGAUAGAGCUUUGAUAUUUCACAUGAGUAUUCCUUGUGACAAGACCUUUCCGUUGGUAUUGAACCUUUUGACCUUGACAUUUGACCUAUUUUUAAUUAUUAUUUUUUUUUACAUUGGUCAUAACUUCUAAAUGGUAAAUAUUAGAGCUUUAAUAUUGUACAAGAGCAUUUCUUUUGACAAGAUCUUUCUACUGGUACCAAGAUAUGUGACCUUGGCCAUCUUCAGAAUUGGCCAUUAUCGGGGGCAUUUGUGUUUCACAAACACAUCUUGUUAAUCAAUGUCAAACAAACCAGACAUGAACUCGUGAUGGGCGUAUUAUGUAUCGUUUCCAGUUUUCUGGUUGCGUUCUCCAUCAUGUUCUUGCUCAGUAAUGAAAUUAUAUUUAUAGAUUUCAUCUUCAUGGUUUUUUUUUUUUCAUAUAAAAACUAUUCUUUUCUUUAUAUAUGAGAUGUAUGCAUGUAAAAGUAAAAAAAAACCAAAAUGCAAUGCAAGUUUAAUGAAUUUAACUUUCAUUGGUUAUAUUGAAAUUCAAAUGAUGAGCAAGGUAUGAUUUGAAUAUGGAAAAAAGGAACAACUUAUAAACUGACAACUUGAGAUUGGAAUUUUUUUUUUUUUUUUUCUGUUUUAACGAUUUGAUCCCACUUUUGAAACUCGAUAUGUUCUUGUAAUUUUAAUACAGUUUCAGUGUCUUGCUAAAGAGAGCUGUGGUAUUGUAAAAGUUGCUGAUUUUCCCUGUUCUUAAUUUUUGUUGUUCCAUUACGAGUUUUUGAAUUAAGAGAUGAUUGUAAAAAGUAUAUGACAUGAUUUUUUAGCUGACAAUUUUUGUAAUUCUUACUUGUAUAUUAAAUGAUGGCCAGCUUUGAAACUUCACUAACCAGAAUUUUAUUUGAAGACAUAUUUGGUUCCCAUGCUAAGUUUUAUCGGUAUUUUAGAUUUUAAGAAUCAGAAUACUCGAUACUCACAUACUUGCUCUGUAUACAGGAAAUGCAGCUUCACAUGUCAUUGUUUUUAAGAUAUUUUAAACCUUUUUAGCUUAAUGCCAGAUUGGAGCCACAUUUAAUAGAAAUCCAUUUAUUUAUGUAUGAUCCCCCUUUAUUUUUUUUCACAGUGUCACAUUCCAUAUUCCUCUUGUUUUGUGUACUUAAUUACAGCAUUCCAUUUUGAAAUACAUUCCACUUCGAUGUUUCAAAUGAUGCAAGAAUUUUUGAAUAAUAUAUGAACAACCACUUGUUGAUAUUUGCUGUAGAUUUUCCCGCAUUUUGAAUAUAUAAAACUGUUUAAUUGCUUUGAAUGUUGAUUGUGAAGUUGGAAGCAAGAUGUAAAUUUAUUUAUACUGUUCCUUUAAUAAAAUUUAGCGUUUUGUUCUUAAAGCAA